UUCAUGUGGCUGCAGUUUCACUUGAAAGAGAGAAAGCACAUCUAAUCAGGAGACGUCUACCCCUCUUGCAUUUCCUGCAGUCGUGUUUCGUUUCUAGUAGUUUCCAUUUGGCGGUGACUCACAUUCAGCAUAUGAUGACAUGACAAUUCCUCCUUUCCUCAGUUUCUCUGCCUACCGUCGAUUAUUUGCAGGAAUUAUAUAUGGUAUAUCUACAUAAGGUCUGGCCUUGUAAAACAUCUCUUCUUAAGACAACAUGAAACUGCCUCGCUCACUUGUUGCGAAAACGAGCGGCCCGAUUUCCGCGAUGGACCCGAGUCUGAAUUUAGAUGGGAAUCGGUCGGUUAUAUCGUGGAGGCGCCGGGAGAUCAGAUUUCCAAUAUCCAGGACGGCCUGCUCAAGGCCUGAGAAUAUGGCAUCUCUUUCUGCGCAUUCUGCAAUUGAGUCGGGUCUCCCGUCUGGCGCGUUGGAGAAAGGAUCUUCCGACAAGCUGCUUACUUGGGAAGAGGACGUCGAGAAGGUCAUUUAUGGGUGCCGAUUCAUGACGUUUCUCGGAGUAUGGGGUUCUUUGGUGGGAUCUGUUCUGUGUUUUCUCAAGGGUUGUACUUAUGUCGUGAGUGCUUUCCAAGAAUAUUUUGCCGGGGGUGGCCCAGGUGGAAAGAUAAUCUUGAUACUGGUUGAAGCAAUUGAUAUUUAUCUUAUAGGAACAGUGAUGCUCGUCUUUGGAAUGGGUCUUUAUGAGCUCUUCAUCAGUAAUCUCAACAUUGAGAGUUAUCAGCAAUCACAUCUUCAGGAGACUUCUUCCUAUGGGUCUAAUCUCUUUGGCUUGUUCAGGCUCUUGGUCUGUGGGCUAGGUGAGGCCCUAGCCCAGGUUCAACGAUUUUUUCUACUGAGACCCAGAAAGGCCAGGCCUAAGUUUGAUGCCCAUGGUUCAGGCCCAGUGCACAAUUUAAAGGGCCAACUUGAUCUUUUGAUAACCACUGCUGCUAAUAGUGUAUGCGUCUUGCAGGAAAGGCCCAAAUGGUUAGAAAUACAGUCCAUUGCGCAACUUAAGACGAAGCUAGGUCACGUAAUAGUGACGGUUCUUUUGAUCGGGUUGUUUGAGAAGAGUAAGAAGGUGGUCAUAAGCUCAACUGUAGACUUGCUUUGCUUCUCGGUUACCGUUCUUCUUGCAUCCAGCUGUCUCUAUCUUCUAUCCAAGCUUAACGAACAUGAAUAGAUUUUUUUUAUUUUUUAUUUUAAAAGAAAAAAUAAAAAAAGAGGCCCAACGUAGCUUACUGUUUAAGCUUAACCGAUAGUCAAAAGCCCACUUAUUUGGAAAAAAUAGUUUCAGUGGCUGUUUGGAUGUGGAUUGGACUGAAAUUUGUUGGUGUCCUUAUUCAAAUGUUGCUGCAAACAGCCCUAGCAAUGGAUCACCUGUUAUUAUUAUUA